GCUCGGUCGCAUGUGUCAAAACGUGGCAGUGUGCGGCCGUCUGACUGCCCCUGUUAGCUAACCUAGGUUGGAAUAAAAGUUAGAGGUGCCAUAUCUGUAUCGGAAAUGGAAUACAGAGGCUUUAAAUAUGGUACAUUAUUGACAGUGCUUGUGGUGCUUGUUGGCAUUUAUUAUAGAAAUUCGGAGAAUCCUUUACAGAAGAGAUUGGCUGCCGUUUUAGAGGGUUUGCAGAAGGUUGAGAGUAGUAAUCAUGAAAAUUCGAUUAAGCCAAAGGUCGCUGUCGGCUAUGGAAUUUGUACCGAUGUUUUUAUCGAUGCAAAACAUUUGUUGCGAUACUCGAGUAAAGUGGGAAAACCAGAACACUUUGAUGAAAUCAGGACUGACACUGAAUUAUUGAAAAGUUUUGCAUAUUACUUUCGACAUGGAGCUGCUGCAGAACGAUAUAUGCCAAAUGGAGCUUUAUUUGAUAAGCUGGUGGCAAAGGCGCGUUCCUUUACAUCAUCUUAUUCGACAAUUGGUGGCAAUGCAGCUGUUAUGGCAUUCCGAUUUGCUAAGGAGGGCUGCAAUGUUGUCCUAGCAGCCAAAAUGACACCAGAUCUGAAGCAAAUGAUUCCUGAAAGUAUUAAAGUAAUUGGUGGUGAAGUUAAAAGAGACGAUAUACAUUUAAUCUUGGAAUAUAAACGUGGAGAGGUUUGGGGGCCUUACACUAGUGCUAGAGCAAAUAGAUAUAUAAUUCAUAAUGAUGCAAAUAACCCUACAAUCAGCUCACUGGAGGAAUUUGAUAAAAUUCUACCAGAAUAUAAGCCUGAUUUACUUGUUGUCAGUGGAUUGCAAAUGAUGGACAACUAUCCAUUCCCUGAAGGAGUUCGCAGGCUUCGUUUAUUAAAAGUAAAAGAUCAAAUGAUUAGUCAGCCAAAGACUACUAAAAUUCAUUUCGAAAUGGCCUCAUUCGCAGAAGAAAAUUUAUUGUUGGAGCUUACUGAGCUAGUGAUACCAUUUGCUGAUAGUUUAGGAAUGAACGAACAAGAAGUAGCCAAUUUAUAUAAUGCCAUGUAUUAUGGAAACAUUUCUCUAGUCGCAGACUCUAAUCCACGAGUAGCCACAGUGCUUGACCAAAUGAGAACAAUAUUCAAACUAAUAAGACGAAAUGGAAAAUCUAUAGAAAAUUCACGCGAAUUGACUAGGAUUCACGUUCACACUUUAGCAUAUCAAGCAAUUCUAAAUGUAAAGAGUUCAUCCUGGAAAAAUACAAUGUCAGCAGCUGCCAAAGCAUCGUUGACAGCCAAUAGACACGUCUGUGGAUCGAACGAUGUCGACUUGCAAAAAGCAACGUUAAUAAUGGACGACAGUUUUUCAACGUCAUUAAAAUCCGGUAAAAGAAUUCCAUUGAAUCUAGAAAACCCAGUUUCCUGUUGGGACGAAAUAUUAAAAGUUGACGAGAAUAAUGUAGCUGUUGAAGUAUGCGUAGCACCAGUUUUAGUAUGCACGCAAGCCAGUCAAACUGCUGGUGGAGGAGACAAUAUAUCAAGUGCAGGACUCGUUCCUCAGAUUUGAAAAAAAAUGUUACCCAUGGAACUUCAUUCCAUCUAGAUUACAAUUAUCAUUCCAGCUUUUUAUCAAGAAAUAAACUAAGCGUAUAAUAUUUUAAAUGUCAAACAAUAGAGCAUUGAAUUCAAAACUUUAAUUAAGUUUAGCAUAAAAUCACGGCGUUGUGCAUCUCUUUUUUUCUUACUGCUCUAUAGACAAUUCCAUUAGUAGUGAGACAUAUAUGCCGGCCAUGUAUAACGAGAAAUUGUGAUCUAUCUCUAAAUAUAUCCUCUUACAUUCCUGAUAGAUAGUCUUUUUGCAAGAUUGUUGUACUUUGAAAUUUCAUGAGAAACGUAUGAAGCAUACGUUAAUAUAAAGACGAUCAAAUAAUUGAUACUAAAUAAUCGACUAAUUAGGAUUUACGUUAUAUCCGUGUACUUUUACAUUUAUCCUAAAUGGCCUUGACUUUCUGAGCAUGCAUUUAUUUGUUAUAGGUAUAGACGGUAUGUAAUAAUAUCAUUGUUGAGUGCAUUCAAAGAUUUGAAUAAACUCUUAAGUACUUUUACAUGUUCAACACGAUAUUUGUAUGGAAUUAUUGUAUGAUCUCUAAAACAAGAUAUCCAAAUGCUUAAUAUUAUAUUAUAUAUGAUACGACAGAAGAAAGGCUACACGGGAUAUUCAAUAAGAAAUGUUCGUGCGUGAAGUCUUUGAAGUGUCUAUGUAUAAUAUUUUAUUUAUCAUUUUUAUGUCUGUGUCCUAUCCUUAACGGAUAUUACAACUUAACAAUAAAAACUGAAGCAGUAAAGUUCA